CUUCAAAGUUUCUGGAGGAGUGGAGUUCAUGCAACUUGGCGGAAGGUUUGUCCCGGUGGGGAGGCGUCAGGUCUGGAAGGGCUCCUGGGAGUGUCGGACGGUCUGUCGUGUUCCGUUAUCAUCGGGUACAGUCGAAGUCAGACGGAGUAAACCGAGCCGUGUCGUACCAUGCACACCCCAGCGCCUAACGGAACCAUGGAUCUGCGCGGGGAGCGGGUCAAAGUGAAGGCGCAUUACUGCGGAGACAUAUUUAUCACUGAGCUGGACUCCUCCCUCUCCUUUGCUCAGCUGUGUGCAAAAGUGCGCAGCAUGUGCAGCCUAGCUCUACAGCGCCCCCUAACCCUCAAGUGGAUCGAUGAUGAAGGAGACCCGUGCACCGUGUCCUCUCAGAUGGAGUGGGAGGAGGCCUAUCGCAUCCACAGCCGCUCCAAGAGGACUGGACUCCAGCUGCACGUGUUCCCCAGUGCUCCAGAGAGGCCUGGUCUGCCUUGCCCCGGAGAGGACAAGUCCAUCUACCGGCGUGGAGCUCGGAGAUGGAGGAAACUGUACCACGUGCAUGGACAUCUCUUCCAGGCCAAGCGCUUUAACAGGAAGGCUCCGUGUGCCCACUGCGCUGAGAGGAUAUGGGGGCUGACCGCUCAGGGCUACAAGUGUAUCAGCUGCAGACUGCUACUGCAUAAGCGCUGCCACCGACUCUACUCCCAGACCUGCCCUGGGCGCAUGGAUCCAGGCAUGCCCUCUCCUGCAGACUCCAGGGCCGAGGAGGUGGACAUCCCCCCGGAGCACAUGGAUGGUAGAGAUGGAAUCUCGUUUAUACCACACAACUGCACCGUGGACAAAACGGAGGAUCAGAACACUCAGGAGCUCUCAGCAGUGGUGGACGGUAUCGAUGGCAUUAAGCUCUCCCCUGGCCUGUCCCCUGGCCUGUCCCCUGGCCUGUCCCCUGGUCUAUCCCCUGGCCUGUCCCCUGGCCUGUCCCCUGCCUUGUCCCCUGCCCUGUCCCCUGGAAUGUCUCCUGGGCUCUCUCCAGGACUGUCCCAGAGUCUGUCCCCAGGCUUGUCUCAGAGCCUGUCCCCAGGUGUGUCUCUGGGGCUGGCGGAUUUCGAGUUGGUGCGGGUGAUUGGGAGGGGGAGCUACGCCAAAGUCCUGCUGGUGCGGCUAAAGAAGGACGAGCAACUGUACGCCAUGAAGGUGGUCAAAAAGGAGCUGGUGCACGAUGAUGAGGACAUUGACUGGGUGCAGACGGAGAAGCAUGUGUUUGAGCAGGCCUCCACAAACCCUUUUCUGGUGGGAUUGCACUCCUGUUUCCAAACGCCCAGCAGGUUAUUCCUGGUUAUAGAGUAUGUGAACGGAGGAGACCUGAUGUUCCAUAUGCAGCGACAGAGGAAGCUCCCGGAGGAACAUGCCAGGUUCUACGCAGCAGAGAUCUGUAUAGCGUUGAAUUUCCUGCACGAAAAAGGCAUUAUUUACCGUGACCUGAAACUGGACAACGUUCUUCUGGACCAUGACGGCCACAUCAAGCUCACCGACUACGGCAUGUGCAAGGAAGGCAUCCAGCCUGGAGACACCACCAGUACAUUCUGCGGAACUCCAAACUACAUUGCCCCUGAGAUUCUCCGAGGAGAGGACUAUGGCUUUAGUGUGGACUGGUGGGCUCUGGGUGUCCUCAUGUUUGAGAUGAUGGCUGGGCGCUCUCCGUUUGACAUCAUCACAGAUAACCCGGACAUGAACACAGAGGAGUACCUCUUUCAGGUGAUCCUGGAGAAGCCCAUUCGGAUUCCAAGGUCUCUGUCGGUGAAGGCAGCCAGCGUGCUCAAGGGCUUCCUCAACAAGGAUCCCAAGGAGCGGCUGGGGUGCCAGGUUCAAACGGGCUACACAGACAUCAAGUCACACACGUUCUUCCGCAGUAUAGACUGGGAGCAACUGGAGAAGAAACAGGUGAUGCCUCCCUUCGUCCCUCAGAUCUCAGACGAGCUAGGUCUGGAGAACUUUGACACUCAGUUCACUAAUGAGCCUGUGCAGCUGACACCUGACGACCAGGACAUCAUCAAGAGAAUAGACCAGUCUGAGUUUGAGGGCUUUGACUACAUCAACCCUCUGCUGAUGUCCUCAGAGGACACAGUCUGAGGACUACCCCCCAUGUCCUCACGUGUCCCCCCUAGCCUCCUGAACUCUGCUGGACCUGCCUGGCGCAUGUCUUUGGGGUGAGACUGUGGAUACUGUACCGAGAGGGUGGCUGAGGUUUGGGGGGUUCUUUGUCCCAGAUGUCACAGAUGUCCCAGAUGUCCCAGACUUUGAAGGACAGAGCUGGACACACCCAUCACGUCCUGAACAUCAACUGCACUUUUGCGUUUUCUAUUUUGUCCUUGUCCACACAAUAAGAAUGUACUCUAGAAUCCGAUAUAAAUGUGUAAUUUAAAUUAUGGUUAAGGAUGAGUGGAAUGAAUGAUGCCUUUUCAUCGAUGCUCACACUUUGUCUGUUUUUAGAUUUUUGUUUUUUUUAAAUACUGUUGAGCGAUUUCAAAUGUCAGUGGGAUUUUAAUUUAAGAAGUGCCUCCAGUGUAUUUGUUCCUGCUUUGGGACCACAUGUGGGUCCAUGGAGGUUUGAAGAGCUGUCCAGAGAAGAGCCAGCUGACCUGAGCACAGUCCUGCCGUAUCACUCCACGCCUCAUCACUGCUCCAGCCCCGUGUCCACUGCUGCCCAGAGAAAAAGGAGAAAUGUUCAAACUAUUUCACCAGAAUGUAGUGACGCUAGUUCGGAGGCUAUGUCCAUGCUAAUAGAAAGUGAAAGUUCCCAUGUUAUGACCUGUUCUGGCUUUUAGCAAUAGUUUUUACUGUUUGAAAUGUUUAGCAAUGUUAAAGCAGACCUAUUAUGCUAAAUGUAUUUUCAAAGCUUUUAGCCAUGCUGUAAUUGUUUCGCCUUCUCAUUUACCCUUUCAAAGUUAUAUUUGUGAUUCAUACAUGUUUGAGCAGUCUUUAAUCACUUAUUUUUAAGACGCCAUUUUGUCGAUUUAAUUCCUUCUCCAAUUUUAUUUAUUUUUGUAAUUGGCGAUACACAUAGGAUUCGGCAUUUUGGUACAAAUGGAAAAAAAAAAUCCAGUAUGCGCUACUGUGAUGUGUAGCAUAGAAGGGGCUGACAACUUCACAGAUCUUUGUUAUGAUGAUGUUUAUGGCAAUAUUUGCUCCCAUUGAGCACUGCAGUUUCUUAAUGUGGAAGUCAGUGGACUCGUUUCUUUUAUUAAAUUGUUUUAGAUUAAUAUUCCAAUUUUAAAUGUGCAAAUUAUAAUAUAAUGAUCCACAGGUGUCAUAGAUUAUAACUAAAUAGCAGACACAAGCACAAUUUGUCUGCUUUAAUAUUGUAGCAUUAUGAUCAGCUGGGGAGGGUAGCAAUAAAAAAAUGUAAAAAAUGUAACCUUUUAGCCCAAAAAUAAACAAAAAUAUAAGAUGGAGUAUUGCAUAGGAGUAAAUGAUUGGUGUUCUAUUUUAUUAAAAAGUAAAAGUAUACUUGAGAAGGAUACUCGAGGACUCCCCUCUCAGACUAUUAUGAUAACUCAAAAUACAAGCUUCCAGGUCUAGUUGUGUUGUUUUGUCACUGAACUUGCUAAAAAGCAACUAUAUUGACCAUUAUCCCUUGUUUCGUCUCAGUUCAGCUAACAUAAAGUAACUUUUAAAAUCUUAAUCUCUGAGAAAAUGACAGUAGCACAGUCAAUUUUAGAGAAAACUAGUAUUUCUACAAUAAUGCUAAACGUCUCGAAUAAAUAGCUCCUCCACCUGCUAGUAAUAGUAAGGAGUUUGAUGUAGGGUUGUCAAUAAUAUUGAAUAUCAGAUAUGAAUCAAUACUAAAACUAGUAUCGUAACUAGAUACUCAUUUGAGCAAACAAUAUAAAGUAGAGUCCUAUGAUUUAAUGUUGAAAAUCACAUUCUUUUGUCUUAAGAAAAAGUGUCUUAUUAUAACUGUGGUAUCAGAAUUGGUAUUGAGUAUCUCUCGAAAUUGAGUUUGAAAUGUUUAUAUUGUGUCAAUACUGGUUUGAUGCACUCAGUUUAACAUAACAUGGGACCUUUCAAAAGAGAAAUGUCUGAAGUAGCUGAUUGUUCAUAUGUGAAGUGAGUUUUUACAGUACAUUUUUUGCAUAGAUGAAUGAACUGCACACUGCAAAAACAAUAUGUGUACAUGAGUUAAAAUUCUCACAAUUAUAACCAUGAUUUUGACGAUAUUUUGGAAUGGUUUCAAGAUAUUUUUACAAGCCAAAUUAAGGAUGGUAUCAGUCUGAUAUUGAAAACAAGUCCUUGUGUACCUUUGUGUUAUUUAUAGAGUCCUCAGUUCAUCAAAUUCGUCUUUUUGAAUAGACUAAUUAGCAGCAGUUGCACUAAAACAUGGCUGCCUGCACAAUUAUGCAACAAAUGAUUUAAUAUGUUAGAAAACUUCAUUUGUGAAUUUAAAGACGACAUAUGUAAAAAUUAACUUUUUGGAGCUUUCUACCAUGUUAUAAUGUUCACUCAUCAAAACCAUACCUGAAGAGGUUUUAGAUAUCAUCCACGCAUGUUUGACUAUUUUAGAGCUCUCUCCCGGGCCCUAAUCGAACUUGCUUUACCGUAUGAACUACAUCUUCACAAACCUGAUGCCAUGUGCCAGUAGGACUGACUUGGUGCGGAGAGCAAAGGGUCAAAACUUAAACUGAAAAUAAAAAUAAAACAGGUUAAUAUGUUGUUUCAAAACAAUAAAAGGUAACAUGAUGAUCUGAAUGUGUUAUGUGUUAGCAGUUAAUAUUCUAUAGAAGUAUAAUACCCCCUCUUUAACUUGGAUGGACUAUGGAUUUAAUUAGCAAAUGUCAGAUAUUGACUCAAAAAAUGCACACAAUCAUAAUAUGCAUUUAUGAUUAAACGGAAUUCAUUUACUAUGCACCUCUUGUUUUUGCAGUGUAGUGACAGGUGUUUUAAAGCAGCGUUUGAACAGAAGAGUGCAUUCCCGAGCAGUCAGACAUGGUGCUUCUCAUUGUUUUAUUAAAGCCUGUCUAAGUGCUC